CACAUAGAUUCCCAUAAGUGUAAAGUAGAAAAUAAAAAAGAGGUUCUUCUCAAUUUCAAGAACUUGCUUGCUUGGCUUUGGUGGAAAAAUGGUUCAAGAAGAAGUACGAAAAGGACCAUGGACAGAACAAGAAGACUUCAAAUUGGUGUCAUUUGUUGGAUUAUUUGGAGACAGAAGAUGGGACUUUAUUGCUAAGGUAUCAGGUUUGAAUAGAACAGGUAAGAGUUGUAGGUUAAGAUGGGUUAAUUACCUUCAUCCUGGUCUCAAAAGAGGAAAGAUGACACCUCAUGAAGAACGCCUUGUCCUUGAGCUUCAAUCCAAAUGGGGAAAUAGGUGGUCACGAAUUGCUCGCAAGCUACCUGGACGAACGGAUAAUGAGAUCAAGAAUUACUGGAGAACUCACAUGAGGAAGAAGGCUCAAGACAAAAAGAGAGGAUCCAUUCAAUCAACAGAACACCAUGUAAUGAAUUCACAUGCUUCCAAAGAGGCAGGAGAAGAAAGUUUUUAUGACACAGGAGGAUCAUCAACAUCAACACAAGUUAAACUAGUAGGAGAAGAGCAUGAAAAAGAAAUUUCAAUGGAUGAUAUAUGGAAAGAUAUUGAUCUAUCAGAAGAGAAUAGUCUACAGAAUGAAGAGUGCUGCAAUAUUAAUAAUAACAUAUCUUGUUUACCAAAGACUUCUUCAUCAUGGGAGUAUAAUUCCACAGACUCACUAUGGGUGAUGGGUGAAGAAAGUAUGUUAUUCCCUAUGGCUCCUAUGAGUGAUGACCCUUAUUUUUCUGGCUAUGCUAAUUACUAAUUAGGAUUCUUUUUCCAAAUCAAUAUUUUGUUUGUUCAUACCAUCAUGUGUGCCACUGCAACUUGUUUUAAUUUAGUCUAAUUAACCUUUGUAUAGUACUGCAGCCUUUUACCUUUUGUCAUGGUUCUCUUUAGUGUGAACCAGCUGUAAUAAUCCCCAAGGAUAACCUCUAGUCUUAUCAAUGUUUUAGUGCUUCUUUACUUUAAGAAAACAUCCAAUAAGAUAGGGAGUUGGUAUAUGUUCGGAAUCAAUGUAAAAUAUUAUUUGCCUGUACUUUAGUACAUCAUAAAUCUUAAAUUUCAUCAA